AUGGACCAAGAGGAUAGCUCAUUCUCCGAAGUUGUUGGCAUUGGUGGCAUUGAUAAGCAACAACAAGUGUUUCUCAAUUCAUUAUCCAGAACGCAAAAUAUCGUUGAUCAAUCACAUAAAGCUAUUCAGGAUAAUUCGAAAUUGCUUAAUAAUUAUAACGCUGAAGGUGAUUUGGAUGGUGUCUUAUCAAUGUAUGAUAAUGAUAUCGAAUUGAUUGAGCCGGAUACACCGAUAUGUCGUGGACUUGAUGCAUUACAAGUAUAUUAUGAAACAAUGAAGAAGAUACGAUUAUUACCGCAAGAUCGUUGUAUCACCGAAUUGCAUACGCUUAGUCCAUUUAUUGUUUUGGAACGUGGCAAGUAUAAAAUACAAAGGAGUAAGAAGAAUUUCAGUGAAGGAAGAUAUUUUUCGCUAUGGAUCAAUAGGGCUGAUUGGAAAAUACUGCAAGAAUGUCGAAUCUUAUCGAUAUGA